ACAGUGGAAAGAGAGAGAGAGCAGCUAAGGAGCGCUCAGCCGUCCGUCACCGUCCACAACUAGCAGAAAUAUGAUUCGGAGAAGAUCCUGCGCCUCUCCAAAGAAGACAACAUCUGAUCUCAGCCAAACCCAGUGACCGCAGCUCUACGUUUGCUCCCCCCUCCCCCUGAACUGUUUUCUUCUCCCGAGCUCUCUCCCACACCUUUUCUCUCCCUCACUCUUCUGCGCUGGAUCUUCCGUGCCAGAAAAUCAUGUGCGUGGAAAGCGAUGGAUGCGAGAUCGAAGGCUGCAGCAGUUCGGACGAGGUGCGCACGCUGUCGGGCAGCAUGAGCCCCGGACUAAUGCCCAGCCCGGACCUUCACCCCUGCAAACCCGGCCAGAAAUUCCGCGCGGCGCUGCUCCGGUGCCGCUCACCGGCUGCCGCUGCGGGGAUCCUCAGCUUUGGGAAUGUCCUCAACUACAUGGACAGAUACACAGUGGCUGGUGUCCUGCUCGACAUCCAGCGGCACUACGAUGUGACGGACAGUAACCUCGGCUUGUUGCAAACAGUCUUCAUAUGCAGCUUCAUGGUGGCUGCUCCCAUCUUCGGUUACCUGGGCGACCGCUUCAACAGAAAGGUCAUCCUGAGCUGUGGCAUUUUCUUCUGGUCUAUUGUGACCUUGUCCAGCUCGUUCAUCAGCAAAGAGUACUACUGGCUAUUUGUGCUCUCCAGAGGACUGGUGGGUAUCGGUGAGUCCAGCUACACCUCCAUCUCUCCCACCAUCAUAGGAGACCUGUACACAAACAACAGCCGCACCAUGAUGCUCUCCAUCUUCUACCUGGCCAUCCCCCUGGGAAGUGGCUUGGGGUACAUUCUGGGCUCUGGUGCCAAGGAGGCUGCUGAGGACUGGCACUGUGCAUUAAGGGUGUCCCCGUUCCUGGGGAUCACUGUGAGCGCUCUGAUCCUGCUCUUUGUGCCUGAGCCAAAGAGAGGCAGUGCAGAUCAAAUGGAAGGACGAAAGGCCUCCCCAUCGUGGAUCAGUGACAUGAAGGCCCUCGCCAAGAACCGCAGCUACGUAUUCUCCUCCGUGGCGUCGGCAACAGUGACCUUUGCCGUCGGUGCGUUUGGAAUGUAUAUUCCCAUCUACCUGUUCCGAGCGCAGGUGGUGCAGAAGGAAGUAGAAGCCUGCACAUCCAAAGUUUGUAGCAGCAAAGACAGCCUCAUCUUCGGGGCGAUCACCUGCGUGACGGGGCUUCUGGGCGUGGUCAUCGGGGCCGCCACCACGCGUUUCUGUCGCCGGAAGACGGAGCGGGCCGACCCGCUUGUGUGCGCCGUCAGCAUGCUGGGCUCCGCCAUCUUCAUCUGCCUCAUCUUCGUCGUGGCCAAAAACAGCAUCACUGGAGCUUAUGUUUGCAUCUUCAUUGGAGAGACGCUGCUUUUCAUGAACUGGGUCAUCACAGCGGACAUUUUAAUGUUUGUUGUUAUUCCCACACGGAGAGCGACAGCAAUUGCCUUUCAGACCUUCAUCUCGCAUGUCCUGGGUGAUGCAAUAAGCCCGUACCUGAUAGGCCUGAUCUCCGAUGAGCUUCAGCAGAGCUACGCUUCAUCUGAGCUAUGGAAGUUCCUCAGUUUGGGCUAUGCCCUCAUGCUGUGUCCCUUCAUCAUCGUCCUGGGGGGCAUGUUUUUCCUGGCCACGGCAUUGUUUUUUCUGGACGACAAGGAAAAGGCCGAACAGCUGAAGAAGCUGAUGCAGCAGCCUCCACCUUCUUCAGUCAAGGUAUGACCAGGUAAUAAGCAGACGAGGACCUAUCUGCACAGACGUUUAAAAGGAUGACGAAACGGCCAUGAAGAAGAGCCCUUGUGUCCUCCGUCCCUUAGUCACCGUUACAAUCCUCCAGCUCCUCUUUGCUCCUGCUGCUCUUAUGUUCUUUUGACACUCUUGAGGAGGCUACUCAAAACUGGAAAUAGGGAGCGCCUUGCUCUCGCUCGAGCCCUCUGGUGAAACGUUGCUGAGAGCGGCUGUCUGACAGCGAGGGAGCUUCUCACCUGAGUCUGCGAGGAUCCACUGAACCUUCCGGGCAAGGGACACCCGCAGCCCUUCUGACUUUGGAUGCCAUACUACUGAAUGCUGACCAUGAACCUGCCCUGUCUAUCUGCCUGCCUGCUCGCCUGCCUGCCUGUACGUCUCCUGUUUGUAUGUCUGCAUCACCCAUCGGCUGUUAGUCUGCACUAAGUGCCAUAGCCUCAUUACAUUCCUUCCUGUAGACUUUGCACUGACCACCGACACCUCUCACGACUUCCUCACUGACUACGUUUACAUGCACACUACACCUUUUUCCAGACAACAUGCACGUUUUUCACUAAUCAUCCCAACCUUGUGUUCAAUCCACUUUAUUCGCAAUGGGUCGUGCAACUGCAGCAAAACAUGCAGCUAUGCAGUUUAUGCGGCUGAACAUGGCCUCAAUGUUAUUUUAAUCACAGUAUUAACAUUGCAAUUACAGUUUACACAAUAAAUGCAGUGUUCUGCCGAUUAAUGACGCCGUGCAUGUAAACAUAACGGUCCGCUAAGAGCCAAAAAAGUGUUACUGUUUAAAGGUCAGUGAAUCCGCCUUAAAACAGGAGCUUCUCCCAGCCACCGAUGUUUCCUUUGACCCAUCAUACAUGUUUCCCUUUUGAGCUUUUAGCACUUAAAUGAGUGCAGACAGUGCCACAGAACGUGACGGAGCUUUCUGCACAUUAUCUUUUGUAAUUUUUCAUUUGUGUGUGUGUGCGUGUGUAAUGUUUAAUACUGGAAGUCGCUGCCAAUGAUUGUUUCAGAAGGAUCAUGAUGCUGUUCAGGUGAUCUGAAGCAGACACUGGAUUUUUUUUUCUUUGUUUUGUAAUUUAUUAUAAAUAUACUUAUAUAUGCUUUUCCCAAAAGAAAAUAGAAUGCUACUCUUUGGACUUGAAAAGAGUGACACCUGUGUUUCAUCUAUAUGAAAAGCAAUACAAAAAAAAUAUUUUCUUUCCUUCUUUUGAGAAAACCAACUGUUUUGUAUCCCUACUGCCUUAUCAGUAAGCUGCUUUCCCUUUAGACGGGUGGCUUUCUGAUGGUUGGUUUUGAGUUUCUGGACACAAAAAGGGCCACACAUAGACAGAGGGGCUUUUAAUGAAGGGUACCCGUCCAGUCCUGGAGGGUUACAAUAACAGGCAUUGUGAAGAGAGACCUGUCCCCCAUGCAGCUGUAGAUAUCUGAUCCCCCCCCUAUGUAGAGAGAGAGCCAUUUCCUGGAGACACUGUCAUCAGUAAAUUAGUGAUCGGAAUCAAAACGCCAAGACAGGAAGAGGAAAGCCUUUUGCAUCAGGUUAGAAUGAUGUCCAGCAAUGUGUUUGGAGGCUUCCAAUGAUCAGAUGUCUGUCCAGGAGCUACAAAGCAGUCCAGCUCCACCCUCACUCUGCAGAAUGAUAGACAUGUUUUAGAAAAUUACAACAACAGUCGGAGAGGUUUUUGGAGAGAGAGCAAGACUUUAUCAGAUAACAGGAAGGCUGGGUGUAUUGGUCUGUUUUUUCCUUUUGAGCUUUAAUCUCUUUGUAAUGCAAAAUGCUGGAUUAGAAAAUGUUAGCCUUUUAAAGCUCUCAGAGUUAAGGUGUAGGUCUACAUUCUUGUGGAAAUGAACUCGGAGAAAGCUGAUUAGAAUUUGCUAACUGCGCUAACCACGCUAGGUGAGGGGGAAAAAAAUUACCAAAAAAAGAAAACCAAUUCAAUAUUGUAAAAUUAUAUAUCACAUUGAUCCAUUGUCUUGGCUAAAACUGUGAUUGGAAGCCGGCCUGCAAAAUUCUGAUUGGUGCGUCUCUAACUGAAACAAUUUAUGCUGUUUUGGAAACAUAAUACAGUUUUCCCAUUAAGCUUAUCUAAUUUUAACUCACCAAAUACAUCUGUGAGGAAUAUAUAUUUGGUUAGAUGAAGUGCUACUAUUUACCACGAAGGAUUCUUUCUGUGGAAGAUAACCUGAUGAACGCUCACACCUUUAAUGAAAGCUGGAAAUAACCAUGAUGCUUGUAGGUUUCAAAACGUUUGUCUAAAGGGGAAGAAAGCACUUUCCAGACGUCUGAGAGAACACAGGAGAAAGUACGGGCCGCGGUUUCUGUGGUGAUGUGUGUCUGACCCUGCGUGGGAUGCCGUCUGGGCCAGAUCAGUAGCUUUAGUUUCUCUCCAGCUGCAUGGAGCUCUCUGAAUGUGAUUGUGUCCAACCUGCCGUGUUUACACACCUUCAUCUUCUUAAUGAACUAAGCUUCUUACCUUACGUUUAUACAUUUUCUUGUCUUUUUUAUGUUACCAAAUGAGUUUUUUUAAAACUACAACAGAUAUAUAUAUAUAUAUAUAUAUAUAUA